GUGCGGGUCACGUGCCACCGCGGUGGUUUAAAGCGGGAGCGAGCGGUGGGCGCCGGCGCAAGAUGGGCUUCGUUCGGUCGGUGCUAGCGGCGGCGGCCCUGCUGCAGUUCGCCUGCGCCGGUGUGUGGCAGCCGCCGGAGGACCCGGCGUAUGAGCCCCGGCUGCCGGCCGGUUCGCAGUCCCCGUACGGCUCCCUGUGGCCGUUGCCGCAGAGAGUGGCGAUCUCUCCCGACGUGUACCGGCUGAGCGAGGUCACCUUCCGGAUCGUUCACUCGACCCAGUCCACUGCCUCGGUCGGCUGCUCCAUCCUGGACAACGCCUUCCGCAGGUACUACGGCUACAUCUUCGGCAGCAGCCAACGGGAGGCAACCGGCGGCCGCGACCUCGGGGAUCUGCCCCAGUUGCAGGUCACUAUCACCUCCAGCGACCCUGAGUGCAACAAGUAUCCGAGCAUCUCUUCCAACGAGGCCUAUGAGCUCAUAGUUGCUCAGCCUGCUGCUACUUUGAAAUCCGAGACAGUGUGGGGUGCUCUGCGAGGAUUGGAGACUUUCAGCCAGUUGGUAUAUGAAGAUGAAUACACUACUCAUCUCGUUAAUAAAACUGAGAUCACAGAUGCUCCGAGAUUUGCUCACAGAGGUGUUUUGCUUGAUACAUCUCGGCACUAUUUGCCUAUUAAAGUAAUACUUGAAACAUUGGAUGCCAUGUCAUUCAAUAAGUUCAAUGUUUUCCAUUGGCAUAUUGUGGAUGAUCCAUCUUUUCCAUACCAAAGUAUCACCUUUCCUGAGCUGAGUGAACAGGGUGCAUAUCACCCAGUCUCUCAUAUUUAUACAUUGAAAGAUGUCAAGACAGUUAUUGAAUAUGCCCGUGAGAGAGGAAUUCGGGUCGUUCCAGAGUUUGACACUCCAGGGCACACUCAGUCUUGGAAAGGUCAAAGCAACCUCCUUACUCCUUGUUAUAAUGGUGAGGAGCCUUCUGGGAAAUUUGGACCUGUAAAUCCUAUGUUAAAUACAACCUAUGAUUUUAUGAAUCAAUUCUUCAAAGAGAUCAGCUGGGUGUUCCCGGAUGCCUAUAUUCAUUUGGGAGGUGAUGAAGUUGAUUUUACAUGUUGGAGAUCAAAUCCCAUGAUUACUAAGUUUAUGAAAGAGAAAGGUUUUGGCAAUGAUUACAGGAAACUUGAAUCUUUCUAUGUCCAAAAUAUUCUAGAUAUUGUUGCAGCUAAUAUGAAGGGUUAUAUGGUCUGGCAGGAGGUCUUCGAUAAUGGAGUGAAGAUUAAGCCAGACACUGUAGUUGAAGUGUGGCUGUCAAGCACUAUGAAGGCAGAGCUAUCUAAAGUAACGUUAGCUGGGUUCACAACCAUCCUGGCAGCACCCUGGUACUUAGAUUACAUUAGCUAUGGACAGGACUGGCAAAAGUACUAUCAAGUUGAACCUCUCCAUUUCAAUGGAACUCAGGCGCAGAAGAAGCUGGUGAUUGGGGGAGAAGCUUGCCUCUGGGGAGAAUUUGUUGAUGCAACUAAUCUUGCCUCACGUUUAUGGCCUCGGGCAAGUGCUGUAAGUGAGCGCCUUUGGAGCAGUGAAGAAACAAACAAUCUGAAUGAUGCGUACAGAAGACUAACAAAACACCGGUGCCGCAUGAUCCAACGGGGCGUAGCAGCUGAACCUCUGUUUAUCGGCUAUUGUGAUCAUGAAUUCAAGGCCAAGAAAGAAUUCAACUAAAUUCAGAUUUUCUCUUGGAGAAAUAUGCCAAUAUAUCUUGAUCUGAACAAACUUUAACUGCAUUAUUGAAAUGGUGAAUUUUAAUGUAGACAAAUGAUACUUUGAACAAAAAUAUUUCUUUUAGAAUGGGAAAAUUUGUAUAAUUUUAAUAUUUUUAUAACUUCUAAAUUUGUUUACCUCUUUCUGGACCAUGAACUUACUGUCUUUACAGCAUGGUUACAUUGACCGGAGUUGUAGAGCAGUACAGCAUAGGCAUAGCUGAGACCAACCCUUCAGUUCUGAGUUUCAGUCCACAAUGAAAUCUGCUUAUUCAUUUCCAUAGAUUCUUCCUGAUCUGCUGAGUUCCUCCAGCAUUCUGAAUGUUACCCUGGAUUUUCAGCAUUGGCACUCUAGUUGUUGAUGCAAGUCCAUGUCAUCCAUAGUAACCAGCAAGCUGGUCCUGAUUUCCUCUAAGCCCCACCCGUCCAUAUACUUAUCCAUGUGCUUCUUGAAUGAAAACUAUUGUACCUGCCUAAAUUAGGUCUUGCAAGCUGGAAAAUAUAGUUCUAUAUAUACACACCACUCUGCCUGGGGGCAAAAAUGCCCCCCUGGUCCCUUUUUAAAAUCUUGCUCUAUCUAAAUUGCUGCCUUAUCAAUGACAUGUGCAACUGCAAUAUAACUGCCAGCAUGCUAAACAAAUGCUUUUUCACCACCUCAUUCAACAAACUAUGCACUGUACUUCCCAGUCAUUCUGUCCCUUUACCCUAUCUAGUUCCCUUCCAUACAUUGUACAAGUCCUAUUCUGGUUUGAGUCUUCAAGAUGUUAUGUUACACUUGUCUGUAUUGAAAUCCACUGAUCAACUUAAUUGAUCAAAAUCUUCCUGUAAUCCACAGUUGCCUUCAUUAUGAAUACACCAUCUAAUUUUGUUAUUGCCUAGUUGGUCUAUUUUAGUGUUUCAAAUUUUAUAUAGUUGAAAUGAUAACUUGUGUUUUGAGCUUUCUGCAGUGAAAAUGUAUCAAUUAUGCAAAGCCAACAAAUGUGUGAAAUGUUCACUUGGUUGAAUAAUCACAAUAAAAGUUUUAUUUCUUGA